AGGCACUAAAGCGAUGGGCUGAACUUACGGGAGGAACUGGCACCAACUCGAGUGGUGAUUCAGGGUCCAUCUGGAAGGCGUGAAGGCCUAGCUUCAGCAAGGGCAUGGCCAAAGCUUUCUUCAGGCUACAGAAGUUUCUUCGGCGGACCCAGUUUUUGCUCUUUUUCCUCACAGCAGCUUACCUGAUGGCUGGUAGCCUUCUGCUGCUGCAGCGGUCCCGCUUGGUUAUCCAGCAAGGUUCGCGUGGCACCUCUGCUAAUCAGGCUGUGCCCGCUUCGGACGUGAUGGCAGGGGUUGGCACAGGCGUGGACACGAGGACGAUGCAGAACGGCCGCCCGAGCGCCAGGCUCCUGGCAGGCACGGACGUGCUGGCGGAGGCAGCCCUGGAGCAGAGGCACAGCCCGCGGUGGCUCAUGUCCCGCAACUCAGAGCUCCGGCAGCUGCGCAGAAGGUGGUUCCACAGGUUCAUUGAUGAGGAGCAGCCCGCACAGACGAGGGGAUCUAACGGGAUGGAGCGGGCGGCUGCAAGCAAAGGAACUUACAUUGGCUGCUUCAGUGAUGACUCCAGGGAGAGGACAUUGAAGGGAGCUGUGUUUUAUGACUUAAGAAAAAUGACAGUAUCUCACUGUCAGGAAGCCUGUGCUGAGAGGGCCUACGCCUACGCCGGGCUGGAGUACGGAGCCGAGUGCUACUGCGGGAACAGGCUGCCCAGCACGGCCUCCAAGCCCGAGGAGUGCAACAGCGAGUGCAAGGGGGAGAGGGGCUCCGUGUGCGGCGGCGUGAACCGGCUCUCGGUCUACAGGGUGGAGGAGCCGCGCGCCGCGGCAAAGCCACGGAGGAAUGUUAUCUAUCGAGGAUGUUUUAGAGCUCCAGAAAAUUUAACAGACACCUUUCCAGCCUCUUUGAUACAGCCCAAUUUGACGGUGGAGAUGUGCUCUGAAUUUUGCUCCAAGAAAGAGUUCCCGCUGGCGGUGAUCCGGGGCACGGAGUGCUACUGCGGCUACCCCACGCGGCGCUUCACGCUGCACGACGGCGCGGAGGGAAAAGCCACAAUGCUAACAGUAAAAUCUCUUCUGUGCUCCACAGACACCCGCUGCACAGACCGGAAGUUCUUAACCACAAAAUCCAAAGUGUUCGUUGCUUUGUCUAGCUUUCCUGGGGCUGGGAAUACCUGGGCUCGUCACUUAAUAGAACAUGCCACGGGAUACUACACGGGCAGCUACUACUUCGAUGGCACCCUAUACAACAAAGGUUUUAAAGGAGAAAAGGACCACUGGAGAAGCAGAAGGACCGUCUGUGUGAAAACACAUGAAAGUGGUAAGACAGAGAUCGAGAUGUUUGACUCCGCAAUCUUGCUGAUAAGGAACCCGUACAAGUCACUGGUGGCCGAGUUCAACAGGAAAUACGCCGGGCACCUGGGCUACGCGACAGACAGGAACUGGAAGAGCAAAGAAUGGCCUGAUUUUGUGAAUAGCUACGCCUCGUGGUGGGCGUCCCACGUCCUGGACUGGCUCAAGUAUGGGAAACGCCUGCUCGUCAUCCACUAUGAGGACCUAAAGCAGAGCCUCAUCCCCACGCUGAGGGAGAUGGUGGCGUUCCUGAACAUGACGGUGACAGAGGACCGGCUGCUGUGCGUGGAAAACAACCGGGAUGGGAAUUUCAAGCGCUCGGGUACUAAGCAGAAGGGCUUUGAGCCGUUCACCCCAGAGAUGAAGGACCUGAUCAACAGCUACAUCCUGACUGUGGAUGAGGCCCUGAGAAAAAGGAACUUCACCGGGCUGCCCAGAGAGUACGUACCGAGAUGAUAGCCC